CCUGCCCAGGUGUCGUGAGGUAGUAAUAGUAGGUGCGACCACCUGGACAAGUUUAAGCCACAUUAACAAAGGUCACUGGAGGUCUCCAUUCAUCGCCAUGGUCUUUCCUAUCUUUCUCACUUGUGGUCCCAACGAAGUUUUGGUGGUUUCAGGUUUUGGAUACAGUAAACCUGUCAUGUUGACAGGUGGCUGUGUGAUGGCCUUCCCAUGUUUACAGAGGUGGCAGAGACUUUCACUGAAUGUGAUGACCAUCAGAGUGGACUCUCCUGCAGUCUACACCUCACAAGGAGUCUCAAUAAAGGUCACAGGAGUAGCACAGGUGAAGAUAAGCACGCAGCAUCCACAACUCUUGGCUGUUGCUUGUGAAAAUUUCCUGGAGAAGAGUAAGCAGGAAAUUGUGGAUCUAAUCACAGAAACACUUGAGGGUCACCAGAGGGCCAUUCUGGGCACUAUGACUGUUGAGGAGAUCUACAAGAAUCGCGAAUUAUUUAAUACUCGCGUGUUUGAGGUAGCAUUUAAGGACCUCUACAACCUUGGUCUUCAUGUUAUAUCAUACACAGUGAGGGAUCUCACUGAUGAUCUGACAGACACUGAUGGUCUGUAUUAUCCACAGGUAGUGGAGAAGAAGGGCAAGAUCUUGGUGGCAGAGCAAGAGAUCACAAGACGUCAGAAGCAACUGGACUCGACCGUCAGACAACCAGCCGAAGCUGAGAAAUACAGGAUGGAGACCAUUGCCACGGCGCUUAAGACGAAGACUCUCCUGGAGGUGGAAGCAGAAGCUGAGGCCAAGUCACUGAAGGCUGACGCCGAGGCAUCCGCCAUCAAUGCGAAAGCCGUGGCAGAAGCUGCAAAGAAUUAUUAUAAAGCUGAAGCUUGGAAAGAGUUCGGUGACGCUGCCAUUUUGAGCAUGUAUCUCGACACAAUUCCACAGAUGGUGCAUAAUGUAAGCAGCUUGCUAUCGAAGACAAAAAGUGUAAAGAUGGUGUCCACGGGAGACGCACCUCUGGGAGCACUUAAAAUGACUCAGGAAGUCGUCAGUAUCGCCAACAGUGUUCCUGAAAUGGUCAAAAAUAUAACUGGGAUUGACCUGUCAACUGUGAAAGAUGUCAAGUCGGCAACUCAGAAUGAUCGUAGAAAUACUCUAAAAAAAUGGUGUCAUUAAAAUCUGGUUUUAUAAUUAAGUGGAUGUGAUACUCGGAGUAUACCUAGAGAGGGUUUUUGGGGGUCAACGCGCCCGUGACCAGGUCUCUAGGUGGAUCAGGGCCUGAUCAACCAGGCUGUUAUUGAUAGCUUUAAUGUCUCUCAUACCCAUCAUGUGGAUGGUAUAGUCAUUAUAUUACAGAGGCACAUAUUUUUUGGAAGUUUUAAACCCAUAAUCAGGUGGAUUUUAAUGUGAAGAGAAAAACUAUCAAUCGUAUCAGAAACAAUGAAACAGAGAAAGUACCUAUCAGUCACGUCAGAAAAUAAGUGAAUUACAGAAAGUACCGGUCAGUCA